AGGUGGCAGCUUCAGAUAGACGAGACACAACAGAGAACAUCAAAGACCAGCCGGAGGCGACACAAGAAAGUGAUUCCUCCCCGGAGAGAGACAUCAGCGCGACAGCACCGCCGGUUUCACACUCCCUCCCUUCACCUCCGGCUACGUCUGCUUCUGAAGUUUCCUCGUCCAGCCCGACUCCAGACUCUGGACUCUUUGAGGUAGCGGAGCGAACUGUGAUCCCCUCCGAGUUUGAUCUCACAGAGUCGGAGCUAAAUGAGACUGCUGCUGUCGUCACAGAUGAAGACUUAGAAGAGACACAGCAGCAGGGAGGAGGCGAAAGCCAAACCAGCUCUCCGGCGCCGGCUGCUGGCGUCACUGGCCAGAAAGACCUGUCCGUGGAGCUGGAGGAAACAGAUGUGGUGACCACGGAGGCAAAUGAGCCGCUGCAUGAGGGUAGUGGCUUCAUGGCAGCAGGUGACGACGUCACAACCCCCACUCCGACACUGCGGUACCUGACCACGCCCUCUAUGACUGCAGCGAGCCAUGGCCGGGAGCUGGUGGUGUUCUUCAGCCUGCGAGUCACCAACAUGAACUUCUCUGAGGACCUCUUCAACAAGACGUCGCCCGAGUACAGAUCCCUGGAGAACACCUUCCUCGACAUGCUGCUGCCGUACCUGCAGGCCAACCUGACGGGCUUCAAGAAACUCGAGAUACUCAACUUCAGGAAGGGCAGCGUGGUCGUCAACAGCAAGAUGAAGUUCGCCAAGUCUGUGCCGUACAACGUCACCGAGGCCGUCCACGGCGUCCUGGAGGAGUUCUGCUCCGCCGCCGCCAGGAACAUGCACAUCGACAUCGACACACGCUCCCUGGACAUCGAACCAGCUGACCGAGCAGAUCCCUGUAAGUUCCUGUCGUGUGACGACUUUUCUCGCUGCCAGGUGAAUGUUCGUACACAGGAAGCGAAGUGUGUGUGUGAGCCAGGCUUCCUGUCUGUGGACGCUCAGCCAUGUCAGAGUGUUUGUGUCCUGCAGCCGAAUUACUGCAGCACGGGGACAUGUCACAUCGUUCCUGGACACGGUGCCAUCUGCAGACGCAUGCGCCGCUCGUCGGCGCUCGGCCUGACCAGUUAAGAAAAUCUAUGUUGCUGGACGUCGCCUGAGAAUACACGAGGAGGAGACGUGAGGACACAGACUCAGGAAGUGGACGAUGGACUCAAGCAUUUUCUUUCAGGAUAAAACUCGUUAGUGCUUCACAUCAGAGACAGCGCCCCCUUCAGGGCACCGUGACUCUCAUACGACUACAAACAAACAAACAAACAAACUUGGGAAGAUUUGUCGCAGGAGAAAAGCUCUGCUGACGAUCAGGUGUUUACUGAUCAACUCUGGACUGUUUUUUGUUUUUUUUUGUCGUAACAACAUAUUUUCUGUUCUGUUUUACGACUAAACAAGUUUUCUUCUAAUCUACAACAUUUCCUGAUUUUGACAUUUUCUUUAACCUGAUGCUACGUGCUGGUUAGCAUGCAACAAAAUUCAAAGAAAAAGAACGAAGGAACAAAAUGACUGAAAAACCUUAAAUCAAUAAACUGUGUUGCUGGUGGCUUGCUGGUUAGCAUGCUAACUUGUUUAAUCCUCUUGGUCAGCAUUUAUGGACAACAAUGUCCAUAAAUGUCCAGAAAAAGUUUCUCUUGACAAAUUUUGGAAUUUAAAUUUUUCUAUUUGAGGACAAAAACGUCCACUUCCAAAAACAUAACAGAUUACAAUUUUGAAGUAAUGUUUUUGAGGUUUUAUUUGUUUUAGCAUCAUGUGAUCAAACUGGCAUUUAAAGGAUAAAAAUCAUGCUACUUAUUCAGUGUCUGAUCGUUUUGAUCAGGACUGAAGUUGAUCAAAAGAUUUAACCCCCCCCCAAAAAACGUUUUUGUUCUAUUUUUAAAGCAGUUUUUGGAAGUGGACAUUUUUGUCCUUAAUGACUUAAAAGCGUAGUAAAUUAAACUUAUGCCUGAGGGUGUAAAUAAAAUGAAAGAAGCUAUAAAACACUUAUUUUUUUUAAAAGUUAUAUAAAAUCCUUCAUUACCACAAUUUAGUGUAGGCUAGUAUAACUUUGUGCUAAGUAGCUAAUAAGCAUGCUAACUUCAGUAAAGUGUUUGUUAAAGCUUAAAUGGACACGUUUGUCUUAAACUUGUCUUUAUGUUACGUCAUAAAAAUGCGAGCAGCAACUUGGUCCUACGGUCAUGUGACUGGCUGGUGGUUAACUGGUUAGCAUGCAGUAACAAAAGCAAAAAAAAAAAAUUUAAAGACAGGUUAGCUUUAACGUUUUGUAUGGCUAAAUAAUGUUGUGCUGUUAGACUUUUGCUACUGGACACAGACCUAAUGCUUAUGUCAGGGAAGGCAGGGCCUAAUCCUCAGGUUUCUACCCAGUGGUACAGUGUUAGCAUGUUGACGCUAACAAGGAUUAUUAAGUAAGUUUUAGGCUAAAAAAAAAAUCGAUUUAUUGUGUGAAAACCAAUUACUCUGGAUUACAAAUGUUCUUUAAAACUUUCCUUGUAAGAUUUUGUUCGAUUACUCGUUAACUGUUAAUGAAGUUUUCAGUCACGCCAGCUGUCGUACAAGGAGUGACAGUGAAUCAGCUAAUGAAACCUUAUUUUUUCACUGUAAAAUAACUCUGUGUGUGUGUGUGUGUGUGUGGGUGUUAGCAUGUGUAAAUACAUCGUUAAGUUUCAGUAAAAAAAUACAAACAGUUGAA